CCACUCAAGAGUUAACGUCCAUCCCUUUUAGACUCAUAAAAUAUAAAGCUCAAUAUUGCUCAUAUAGUGUAUAUUUGUAUAUGUAAAAUGUUGACCACAACAUAUGAACGCCUAAUUUAGAUAAAUUUCAUACAUUAUGAUGGAUGAAAACUUGUAAGGAAGGUCAAUUCCAGCCUAUGAUAAUUGCUAAGAGACUAAGUCAAUUUACACAAACACAACAAUUCAUUAACCCAUACCAUUGUCAUAAAUUUUUGUUAGGUGAAUACUUCUAUACUAAUCGUAAGAUAAUUGUCUUAAUUGCUUGUAUUUUUGUUAAGGGUCAACUAUAACUACGUGUUGGUUGUUAUGUUUUAUUCAUUAUAUAAAUUGCAAAUUGUUGCAUUAACCGGAAAAUUUUCAUCGUCAAUGAUAAUGUGAUUUUAUAUUGGUUAAUCUGGUUAACCAAUUAACCAAACCGAUUAAACUUUAGUUUGGUUAAUUUGGUUGUUGUACUAGUUUGGACGAUUUGGUUAUGAUAUUGUAUUCUAUGGUUAAUGGAAUUUAGUCUUAUUUGGUUUGGUUAUAACCAUGGUAACCAUUUGAACACCACUAACUUCAGUACUACACUCCAGAAAUACACCGUCUAACCCGUUAAUAUAUUAUAUCUUUGAUAUUAUCGAAGUGAUUUAGUGUAAGUUGUGACCAGUACUCUCACAAUAAUAUUAAUUGUGCCUUGUCCUACUGCCCAUCCAUCUUACCUAAAUAUUUAUUGUAUGUGGUUCAUUAGUACCAUAUUCACCCCCACCCCCACUCCCCUAACAUAAACGACCCUAAAUUCAUGUGAUUUUCAUAGCUGUUACCUAGAGAGGGUUGUUAGUUAGAGGUUGUUUGGAUGAUGGAAUUGGACGAGGCAAUUUGUCUAACUGUCUUAAAAUGAAACAACAGGGUCAAAUCGUUUUAAGCAUUCUCUCAAGCGAAAUAAAUUGAGUUAUCUGUAGAGGUUAAAUUAUGGAUCAUACGUCAGUUACUAACACACACCUCAAACGGAGGCCACCAUUUAUGAGUUUGAAAUUUGCACAUAAGACCUCUCAAUUACAGAAGACUCUGAUACCAUCCCAUGAACUCGUUAGUCUCAAUAUUCGUUACUAACACAAUUAUCAAAUUAGGUGAUUCCAGAACAAUUGGAUCAGUUGAUCCCAAUAACUCGAGUUGUUGGGAGAGGUUCAAUCGUGAAUCAUAUACCACACACUAACACGCCCUCUCAAACGAAAGCCACUCGCAAGGGCUUGAAAUUUGCACAGGCCUGAACACAAGAAUACCAUGUGCUUCACAAAUGGGGUCAUCGGGAUUCGAACACAAGACCUCUCGGUCACCAAAAGAUCUGAUACCAUGUCAAGAACCAGUUGAUCCCAUUAACUCGCGAGUUGUUGUGAGAGGUUUCAAUCGUGAAUCAUAUACCACACGCCAACACAAACCCUCCCUAAAUUCUUUUUUCUCUUUUAACAUUUUUCCAUCUCUUAGCAAAUGAACUUCAUUAGCACUAUAUAUAUAAGUACGUGAGUAUGGUAAUCUCUCAAUAACUUUCCAUGCCAGCCGCGCCGCAGCCAUUUCUCGCCAUGGGCAGCAACGAGUUCAACGUCGUCGGCAAGGCAACCCGCAUGAUCAAUCCGAUGAACUCCGACGAGUUCCGGCGACAAGGCCACAUGUUUAUAGACUUCAUUGCCGACUACUACAGCAACAUCGAACAGUACCCGGUGACGAGCCGGGUCAAACCCGGUUACCUCCGGGAGCUCCUCCCUCAAUCCGCUCCAUUUGAUGCAGAACCCAUGGAAGAAAUCAUGAAAGACAUUCAAACCCACAUAAUUCCCGGAUCACGCACUGGCAGCACCCUUCACACUUGGCCUACUUCCCCUGCACCUCCAGCACCGCUGGGAUCCUCGGCGAGCUGCUCGCCGCCGGGCUCAACGUCGUCGGGUUCAACUGGUCGGCGUCUCCGGCCGCGACGGAGCUCGAGACCAUCGUGAUGGACUGGCUCGGGGAGAUGAUGAACCUCCCCAAGACCUUCCUUUAUUGUUAUUUAUUCACAUCAUUAUAAAAUUAAUAUUUUAUAUUUUGUAAUACAUUAAAGUGGAUUUUAUUGUGUAAAUUAUGAGCAAUGUAGCUCAUUUUUUACCAAAAAAAGAUUUUAGUAAAUACAAUUUAUUUGUCAACCUUUUUGAAAUACAGAGUCAUUGGCAUAGCCAGAGAAAUAUUUCAGUGGGGUCCAAGAACUAUAUGAAAAUUAAAACCACAGAACUCAUUAAACAUAACUCAAGAUAUAGUGUAAUGGUACAGGUGGUAGUGCUGGCUAUUUGGUUCGUGCAUUUUGGUUUUACCCGAAACCGGACAGUAUAACUCUGACCGGGAUCGGACCAGAUAACAAACAAUCCAAUUUCAUAUUCGGGCUUAGAUUUGAGGUAAAAAAUCGUUCGGGACCGGACCAAAACCGGAUAAAGACCGGAUAUGAGAGCCCAACACCCAAAACUCCACUAAAAUCUCCACAAUCUCAAUCUAAAAUCAAGACAAAAUUGGGACCGGACCAGGUCAAAACCCCACCGGAUCAAGACCGGACUGUAUCCAACCCAAUCUUUGGUCCUUAUAUUCGCGAAAAGACCGGACUGGGAUCGGAUUAAUUCGAGCCAAUUUAACUGGACCGGACCGUAUAGCCACCCCUAGCAGCUGCUGGCUCAUAUUCAUGGGGUCCAAGGUUCAAUUCUUGGAUGCCUCAUCUAUAGAUUCAUUCAUUUUUUAAUGUGCACUCAUUUUCAAGUGGGGUCAAUUGACCCCACACCACAUAACGUGGCUUCGCCAAUGUACAGAGUAUUAGUCAAACUUUAACAGUUUAACUAUAUGUUAGCGGUAUUGUUAGUAAUGUUGUGCUGAGUUUAAAGAGACAUAUGACAAUCAAUAUUUCAAAAUUUUAAUAUUUUAAUUAACAAAAAGUUCUAAAAUUGAUAACAGAUAAAUGUUCUAAAAUUUUAGUGUUUUAAUGCGUCACAUAAAUAACACUGAAUGACAUCGUCAAACUCCCGGAAUGUGCUCUGGGGCUCCUCGAGAGACCACAAACCUUUUUCUCCCAUGGGAGGGAAUAAUCGCGAGAACAAUUCUCAUGCCAAAAACUAAUCAGAAAGUCCAUUAAUUAAGUGGAUCAGAUAAUGGAGGAAAAUCCAGGAAGAGGAUAGCAGGCUAAUGGGCUGCUCAGGCCCACUGAAAAAACACCAAACAUAAUGUGACUUAGCCCAUUGCCGAAGCUAAGUAGUGAUCCAAGCCCAGAAAAACAGGAAAAAUACGAUGAUUCUUCUGAUUUGAAGUUUUGAGCUGAAAUUGAGUUGAGUUGUUGUUCAUUCAUAUCAACUUCGCUUGCCGGAGACGGGUUUUCGUAUCAGCUUCUUCUUCUUCACAUUCUUGUCUUGUUUGAUGAAUUCUCACUUAGAUAAAGCACCAUAGUUCGGAGCAGGAAUCUCUUGUUUGGGUGACCGGAGUUGGACGGAGGCUAACCGAAGAGUGACUGAAUGUGAAAAUUUUUAGUUAUUCAAGUGACCAAAAUUGAUAUUAAAUUUUUCCUAGUGACUAAACAUGACACAAUUUAGUAAUCUCAGUGGCCUAAUGUAGUAUUUACCCUUUAAUUAAUCUUUAAAAAAAUUCAAAGAACUAGGUGAAAGAAAUUAAAGUCGAAACUCGAAAGAAAUUGUAUAGAUUUAGAGAACAAACCCUCUUUUGGCUUCCAUAUGGGUAGGCAAGUCGACGAAUCCUAUUGGUCUGAGAUGUCGGCUGCUUCCAUGACAGUCAAAAUAUUAAUACUAGUAUUAAGUUAGCCAAUCUUCUUCUUCGUCUUCCUAAUUAUGUCUUUUUUCCUUAAUCAUGGUUUCUUAAGAUAAUCCUGCUCCACGACAAACAUCCUGAACGUGGACAGCGAUCACCGCCUUGAUUGUGUUCCAGUCCACAUGGGAAAAGGGUUGAAGAAAAAGACAUUCACGUC